AUGCGCUCCAUGAAGCAGCAGGACCUGUACGACAUCUCGGCCUACAUCCUGUACCAGAAACUACGUCAUCCCGGAGAAGUGGGGCGGCGGCAAGCAGUACUACUGAGGAGCGGCGUGGCUUCUGGCGUUGCGCACAGGCGGCCCUCAGAGGCGGCCCAGGCCGCCCCCCACGGCCCCCCCCAGCUGCUCCAUAAGGGGCAGUCUGAGGCGGGAGAAGCCGGGCUCGACCUAAACAGUAUUUUAGCGAUCUC